UACGUCUUUAGCAGAAGCUUACAUUAUUUUAUUGAAAACAAAAUGUAUUUUAAAUGUGUUUUAUUAUUCUUCUUGAUUUAUGUAACAGCUUCUCCAGCCAUAGCUUCAAGCAACAAUUGUAACGAGUUUACAAUAACAGUCGAUGAGAUUGACAAUGUUAAUGAUAUAAGUACAUUUGACCGUGAUAGUUUUGGCAUAUUGAACAAUCUUACAAAUCAAUGCAGAUUCCUAAACAUAGCUAUCGAGCUUGAUUUAUAUAGAGAUGAAAAAACAUCAAAGCAUUAUGUAGAUUUAUAUGGAGACGAUUUACAUAAAAUUAACAUCACAUAUCCAAUAAAUGACUACGUAAGCGAAGAAGUUGAUUUAACUUCAAAUAUACCUAAAUUAUUUGAAAAUCCACGCAACAAACCAACCACUCAUGAAUAUGAUGUAGCAGAAACUUACGAACAUGAAACAACAACAGAUUAUCGGUCACAUACAACAAAUUUUGAAGCAACUGAAAUAACUACGACAGAUACAAGUGGUCUAGUUACAAAUGACGAUGGUGGUAUAUCAGAUGUUGAGCAAUUAAAGAAAGAAGAUAAUGGCAAGACUGCGAUUAUUGCAGCUGCUUCUGUGGCAGCUGUAGCGUCAGUUGCAGUUGCCUCAUACUUUAUAGCUGAGAUGAUAAAAACAAUGUUACAAUCAGGGAGUUUUCGUUUCCCCGAACCCAACGCUUAAUUACACUCAAAGUGAUCUAAGUGAACGAUGAAAGAAAACAAUGGAUAUCAAAUUGAUUUAAAGAAGAAAAUAAGUUUGGGUGCCAUAUUGAGGAAUAUUAAUUUAAAUAUUUAAAAAAGGUUAAAAAAGAGGUUAUCUUUUUCUAUAAUUUAUCUUUAUAUCGCGAAAAUAGUAAAGAGUUGGAAAG